AUGUCUCUUCUCCGGGCCUGCCAGCAGGCCGCCUCCAAACAAGCCUUUGGGAGGUCUGCCUUCGCGGCGUCCCGGCCAUACAGCACUCCCACCGCAAACGACCCUACCAUUCCUGCCGCCGCGCCCAAGCAAGACACGGACAUCGCUGAGGCCCCUGCACGAGAUGUUGUUACCGCGGAUAUAGUCAGUGGCGCACCUAAGGAGCUCCGUCACCGCGCAGUCCGCAUCUUCCAGCCCACUCGCAGCACAACCCAGAGCGGGUCCGGUAAGUCCAACCAGUGGAGAAUCGACUGGGACAUUCUCCCUGGUGGCGGUCGUUGGGAGAAUCCCCUCAUGGGAUGGGCGAGCUCUGCGGAUUACAUGCAGGGCACGCGCCUGAACUUCAAGACUAAGGAGGACGCCAUCCACUUCGCCGAGAAGCAAGGCUGGGAUUACUAUGUUGCGCAGGAGGAGGUUAAUCGUAUCCCUCCCAAGAACUACGCAGAGAACUUCCUCUACAAGCCCAAUAAGCUUCGCCUUAUCCGUACCAAGUAG